AUGGUCCUUGGCCUGCUGCUGUGCUGGAGCUUGGGCCGUGCAGCAGCCCUCAAACCCACGUGCCUCUCAGCUCAGUUUAGAAAGCCGGGUGAUUAUAUCAUAGGAGGCUUGUUCCCUUUUGGAACGGACACCCUAAACCUGACGGCACGAUCGGAGCCCACCUCACUUGUGUGUGAAAGGUUAUACAUAGAUGGGCUAAUAUGGGCUCUUGGGAUGAAGUUUGCGAUCGAUCAGAUCAACAAUUCCACUUCCCUUCUCCCGGGAGUAAGGCUGGGCUAUGACAUGUACGACACGUGCCUUGAGCCAGCCGUGACCCUGAAGCCCAGCCUGCUAUUCCUGACCCAGAACGGCACCACGGGCAUCGGCGUCCUCUGCAACUACAGCGACUACCAGCCUCGAGUGACCGCCGUCAUCGGGCCGUACAAGACAGACCUCUGCCUGCUAACAGCCAAGCUGUUCAGCUUCGUCUGGAUCCCACAGGUCAGCUACGGAGCCAGCAGUGAGACGCUCAGCAACACGGAGCUGUACCCAUCCUUCUACCGUACCAUUCCCAGCGAUAAGAAACUGGCGGAAGCCGUGGUCCUGCUGCUCAACAAGUUUGGAUGGAACUGGAUUGCCACCAUUGGAAGCGAUGAUGAAUAUGGCCGUGGAGCCCAGGAGCAAUUUUUAAACAUAGCUGAAAAUAACAGCAUCUGCAUUGCAUUCGAGGGGAUAAUUCCUAUAGACCUUGCAGACCCCGAUUCCAAACAGUACCUGGAAUACACCAUUAAUUUAAUUAACAAGACCGAAGCCAACAUCAUUCUCCUUUUUGCCCAUAGUCUGUCAGCUCAGGCCUUGCUGGAACACAGCAUCAGGAUGGGACUGGGCAAGAAAGUCUGGAUUGGCACCGAAACCUGGAUUUUGUCUGACUUAGCUGCCUCCAUCCCAAAUAUUCAGAGCAUUGGGACAGUCUUAGGCUUUGUUAUGAAAACAAGCCCACUCCCUGGCUUCCAGGAAUACAUUGCUGACCUCUUAGAAGAGUUCUGCCAGGAGUCGACGGAAGAGAACCACCUCCUGAACCCAGACCCGCUGGACGUGCGCUGCAGGCAGUGCGACCACGUCUCGCUGCACGACGUGUUGCCCACGCUGCACCGAGCACAAGUGCAGCCCGUGCACGCCGCUGUCUACAGCGUGGCCCAUGCUCUGCACCGAGCCCUGGGGUGCACCCAGCACGCGUGUCCCAGAGCACGCGUCAGGUCUUGGCAGCUGCUGCAGUUCAUGAAUAACUUUCCCUUCACGGUGAACGGCCAAGAGUUCAGGUUUGAUCAAUCCCAUGGCACAAACACUGGCUUCAGGCUUAUAUUCUGGUCCUGGAAAAACAACACCCUUCACUAUCUGCCUGUGGGUGACUACGGAGAGUCCUUAUACAUCAAUGAGUCCCAGAUUGAGUUUCACACUGAGAAUCAAAAGGACCCCGCAUCAGAGUGCUUCACAAAGUGUAAACCAGGACAGGUCAGGCAAAUAAAAGGAUUCCACUUCUGCUGCUAUGACUGUAUAGAUUGUCCAGAGAACAGCUUCUGGAAUGCUAAAGACAGCUCCACGUGCACUUCCUGCCUCCAGCACCAGUGGUCCCCUGCCCGGAGCAUGCAAUGUUACGACCGCAGUGAGAGGUACCUGUUCUGGGAUGAGCCCCUCACCAUCGCCCUGCUGACACUGAUGUGCAUCACCCUGACCCUGACUUGUCUGGCAGCAGCGCUCUUCCUGAAGAACCUCGAGACUCCCCUUGUGCAGGCCUCUGGAGGCAAACUGAGCCUCUUUGCCUUGUUCACACUCAUACUGCUGUGCCUCAGCUGCUGUCUCUACAUAGGGAAGCCCAGCAGCACGGUCUGUAUGAUCCAGCCCAUAGUCUACACCCUGUGCCUCAGCGGUUGCUUCUCCACCUUCUUCAUCAAGUCCCUUGAGAUCACCCUUGUGACAGAGUUUCCUCACUGUGCCCCCACCUUCCUGCACUGGGUGACCCAGAGGAGGGCCUGGCUCCUUGUUGCCCUGUGCCUGCUCCCUGAGUGCUUGUUCUGCUUUGGCUACCUCCACUUGGGCCCCGACUACCUGGUGGUUGACUACAAGUCGCUGCCCACCGAGGUUCUGCUCCUGUGUAACACAGAGUCCUGGUUUGCCUUUGCUCUGAUGCACGGCUACAACGGCUGCUUGGGCUCUGUCUGCUUCCUGUGCACGUUCAUGGUCCAAUCCUCUGGGAACAAGUACAACUUUGCCAGAGGGAUCACAUUUGCCUUCCUCAUCUAUUUCAUCAUCUGCAUCUUCUUCGUUGCUGUAUUUGUGACACUGAAGACAGUGCUCAGGCCUGUGGCUCAGAUUGGUACCAUUCUGGUAACCAGUCUGGGCAUCCUGGUGACCUACUAUGUCCCUAAAUGCUACAUCAUCUUGCAUAAGCCUCAUCUCAACACAGUGGAUUAUUUCCAGAAUUCCAUCGAAGAGGAGCCAGAGGACUCCUCAAUAAGAGACAAUAAACCAGAUUCACCAUCACCUCCUCCUCAAUAG